AUCUUAAAUCGAGUAAAUUUCAGAACUAAUGUUUGUAGCUACAGUAUUUAGAAUUCAGACAAGAUUUUGUCAGACACUGAACUUAUCAAGGACACUAUGUUUACACAAAGUUAACCAUAAAAGUAUGUCUGACAUAAAGUCUGUUGCUUGUACAUUCAUCGAAGAAAAUAAAAAACGACUCAAUGACCUCAGCCAAGACAUUUGGAAAACACCAGAGCUAGGUUUCCAAGAGUUUCAUGCACAUGGAGUGCUCACAAAAUUUCUUGAGGAAAACGGAUUUGAUGUGACUAGAAAGUACAAACUAGACACUGCCUUCCGAGCUGUUUAUGGUGAUGGAAAGCCCCAUAUUGCAGUUAUAUGUGAAUAUGAUGCUUUACCUAAUAUAGGACAUGCAUGUGGCCAUAAUCUUAUCGCAGAAGUAGGCGUGGCUACAGGAAUUGCGAUAAAGGAAGCAAUGUCAACAAAAAACCUGAAAUGCGGAAAGCUGUCAGUAAUUGGUACACCAGCAGAAGAAGGGAAAUGCGGAAAGUCAUACAUGAUAGCUGCAGGUGUAUUUGACGACGUUGAUGUGGCCAUGAUGGCUCAUCCAUCACAGUUCACAUUAUCUAAACCUCUUAUGGUUGCUAUGACUCCAGUCCACAUUACUUUUACGGGAAAGGCAUCGCAUGCAUCGUCUUUCCCCUGGGACGGAGUCAAUGCUUUAGACGCAGCAGUAACCUGUUAUAACAAUAUAUCAUGUAUGAGACAGCAGAUGAAACCAAUGUGGAGAGCUAUGGGUAUAAUUAAAAAGGGAGGGGAUGUCCCAAAUAUUAUUCCUAAUGAAGCAGAACUCGAAUACUACCUCAGCACACCAACAGACGAAGAGCUUGAUAUUUUAAAGGAGAAACUCGUUGGUUGUAUCGAAGGUGCAGCAACUGCAACAGGAUGUAAGGCAACAUACAAAUUUGCCGAUCACUUUUAUUCCGCUUUAAUGUCAAAUAACAGAAUGGCAAAGCUGUUUGAAUAUAAUGCGUCAUCUAUUGGCGUCCAUAUAGACAAUGAUCCGGAUGUGGUACUUAAAUAUGGUGGUGCCACGGACAUGGGAAAUGUAUCAAGGAUUGUUCCGAGUAUACAUCCUAAGUAUUAUAUCGGCACAAAAAUAUGCAACCACAACGAAGGAUUCACAACAGCUUCGGGAGACCAAGCAGCACAACCAUACACAUUAGCUAUAUCAAAAGCUUUGGCAAUGACAGCAUUGGAUAUCUACACAAAACCAGACGUUCUUAAAGAGAUAAAGGAAGAAUUUAAUGACCUUAAACAAUAGUAUUAUGACAUAAUAAUUGUAAUUAAAAUGAUCAAACAAUUUGCGCCGUAAUCGUAUUACACCUCGAUGUGUCCUACAGAUUGUCUUUGUACUACCAUCUUUACUUGGCAUUACAAGUGUCUUAGUGGUUUUGUAAAAAGGAUUUUUCGUAGGCAAAAAGCUCAAAAUACAUAGAGAUUGCAUAAGAUUAACAUUUUCAACAAGUAAUUGUGUCUGCAAAUGACCUUAUUUUCCUUUUCAAGUUGAAUUUGUUUGUCUCUAGGAUUAUGAGUAUAAUUCCGUUCACAUAUAUCAACCUAAUUUCCAUGGUCCGUUGGUUAGGUUAGUUUUUAGUUUGUUCGAAUUGGUCUGUCUCUUAGGCAAUAUGCAAGAACAGGUCCGCAGUGUUUUGUAAGUGAACUAAAAACUACACAUGAUAGGUGAACAAUAUUUGGUAUGAAACUUUCGGUACAGUGUUCACUAACAUACAAAGUUAUUUAAAAGUGGUACAUUAAUAAAUAUUGUAAUCUCAUCUUACGACUGUUAAGUAAUAGCUACUUUGUACUAGGCGUUCAGGUGGUAUUACAUACAAUAUAAGGACAAUGUCCGAUCGUUCUUGUCUCCA